AUGAAAGUUGAUCUUUGCUUUGUUUUAGACUGCACUGGUUCUAUGAGACCUUUUAUUGCUGCUGCUAGAGAUUGUAUCUUACAGGUGACAAACUACAUUAAACAUACAAAUCCAAGCAUUGAACUUCGGGUCGGCUUUUGUGGUUAUCGAGAUCAUAUCGAUGGAGAAGGUCGUCUACUAACUUUAGAUUUUACCGACCAAUAUGAGCAAUUUACAACAUAUUUGCAAAGUGUACCUGCUUCCGGUGGUGGUGAUGCUCCAGAGGAUGUUCUCGGAGGUCUUAAUGCAGCAAUAACCAAAAUGGAUUGGAAAAAUGUUACUCGUGUUCUUCUUCAUAUUGGUGAUUAUCCACCACAUGGCAAAAAUUUUACAGAUAUGGCAGAUACUUAUCCAAAAGGUGAUCCACAUGGCCUAACCGCAGAAAAUGUCCUAGAAAAGUUGCAAUCAAAAAAUAUCCUUUACUUUUUUGGAAAAAUUACUGAUGCUACCGAAAAAAUGCUUCAAAUAUUCCGUGGUAUAAUUGGAGAAUUUCCAGUAUUUGAUCUUAUAGGAGGAGAUCCAAUUAAAUUAAUUGAAAAAUUUAUUAAAGCUACCUCAACAUCUAUUACUUAUGCUGUUUCAAUGACCAGUACUAUUGGAAGCGACUCCAAGGAUAUUUAUUCCUGA